AGACAAUUGAAUUGUGUCUUAAAAUAAAUUUUACAUCCUUGUUAUAUUUUAGAUUAUUAUAAUCAGGAUACUGCAUAAACCACCUCAUUGUUAGUAAUCUCAGAUCAUGUGAAGACUGAAUAUUGCAAUUAGCUAUAGGCAUUGCUUGGUAGUAACUGAUUACAUGUAAUCUGGAUUAUGUAAUCAGAUUCCAAAAAUGAAAUACUUGUAAUUAGAUUAAAUUACAUUUUAAAAUAUUUACAGGAUUACAUCAUUAGUUACUAUUUACAAAUAGCAAUAAAUUAUUAAUAAUUUAAUGAUUCUACCUAAUUCCUUUUUCCUCUUUAGUGUUCCUUUCUAAAAUAGCCUACUGGUUAUACACACUGAAUGUCUUUCUGUUUUGUCCACAUUCACAUAAUCAUUUGGUUUAAGAAGAAUCUCAACAUAGAUUAUCCAAUUUAAAUCAAUGCAAUAAACGAGAUAGUUGUAAUCUAAAAGUAGUCUGAUUACAUUACUUAAAAUGUUUAACUAAAAUGUGUAAUUACUAACUACAAAUUUUGACAUAGUAGCUGAACAACAAGUAAUCCUCUCAUCUCUUGCUAUGCACCACAGGAAAUGUUGGGUCAUCAUGUUGGGUUAUCACUAGUUUCUUUAACAGUAUACUCAAGAGAGAAACUCAGAAUACAACCUUUGACAUUUGUAUAAUAAUGAUAAUAUAUAUCACUCAGCAUAAUAUUAAGCAUUUAUUAUUAAAAGUAAAUGAUGAAAAAAGUUAAUUGAAAAAUAUGAUGUAAAUGGUUUCAAUGUAGCUGGAAAAAAUUACAGCUCACACACACACACACACACACACACACAUGUACUGGUGGUUUACGUAUCUCUCCAUAAUGGUUUUUAUGCUGUAGCAUACAAACAGUAUUUUCUAUCACCAUACACCUACCCUACACCUAAACCUACACUUUACAGAAAAAUGUGUGCAUUUUUAGACUUAAAAAAAACUAAAUUUUUCAAGUAUGUUUUUAAGCCUUUUGAAUUACACGGACAUAGGCAGUGUCCUCACAAACUACCUUCACAUUGUAAAACCUCUGUCCAUGUCAUACAAAUUUGUGUCCCCAUAAACCACCCGAACCAGAGCACAAACAAACAGGUAUAUAUAUUCCCAUCCAAACCACCCCUACUUCCUCUCCACAGGUUGGUGUGUUUUCACAAUCCUGGAUGAUGAUGUAACUUACUAUUUAAAAUCAUUAACCAAAUGAUUUUGUUUGAUAUUAGCUGAAUAGUGUAUCUUGUGUAAAAUCUUUUUUUUUUUUAAAUGGCGACUACUGUGUCAACAUUUUCAAAUGAUAAAGCCUGGCAUUUGGUCCUUUUCCUCAUGAAAUAUUGCAUUCAGAAGUCUUAUGAAUAUAUAGUGAAUGAGUACAUUUUUAGAAAUAAAGGUUGCAAAAUGGGGGUUUCACAGUUUGAAUAACCCUUUUCCACAAAAAACAACCUUCAUUGAUGUUAAAGGUUCAUCCUGGAACCACAGAUCCAAAUAAAGAACCUUUGUAAAGAGUGUACAUUGGAAUGUUUUAUGUACAGUAAUGAAUAUAACAAGCUCAGGGCUAGGGACAAGUGUUGUUUAAAUUUGACUGAUAUAGAUACUGAUACUGCCUAUACUGAUACUGUUACUUCUCUCUACAAUUUGGUGCAAAAAAAGGAUGUGAAAAGACAUUUCAAGUUAUUUUAUUACUGCUGAAUGUCAGUACUGCAGUUUGUAAAUGCCUCUAAGCAAACAGAAAAGAUACAUGAAACAUACAUUUUUUUAAUAAAAAUUCCCUUCAAAGUGAGAAAGAGAUUUCCUCAUCAUAAUUUGUGGAGGGGGGGUUUGUUUUUUUAGACAUUAUUCAAAAAUAUAUAAUUAUGUUUGAUAAUGCAGUAAACUUUUGUUUUUAGAAUGGGGCAAUAAUAGCUUACACAAAGCACAAGGUUGAUUUUGUGAGCUGUAUUUGAGGAAGUCUUAUGUGUUUUUUAAAUGGCGACUACUGUGUCAACAUUUUCAAAUGAUAAAGCCUGGCAUUUGGUCCUUUUCCUCAUGAAAUAUUGCAUUCAGAAGUCUUAUGAAUAUAUAGUGAAUGAGUAAAUUUUUAGAAAUAAAGGUUGCAAAAUGGGGGUUUCACAGUUUGAAUAACCCUUUUCCACAAAAAACAACCUUCAUUGAUGUUAAAGGUUCAUCCUGGAACCACAGAUCCAAAUAAAGAACCUUUGUAAAGAGUGUACAUUGGAAUGUUUUAUGUACAGUAAUGAAUACAGUAAAUGAACGCCUACAACUGACAUGACUAAGGUUUUUUUUCUACCUCAGCAGAUGGAGAGAGCCCUCCAUCAACCUUAUCAGCUACUGACAGUCAGAUCAAGAUUGAGCCAAUCAGUACCAUGGACCUUUAGGAGCAGUAAUGGCAACUUGCUGUACCUCUCGCUCUGAUUUGAUAGACUUUUAGCAUGCGUUCCCUACGUAAGACUGUGCUGUUAGCUCUGGUAGCAUCAGUGGUGCUGGUUUUGGCAGUGCUACAUUCCUGGCCCACACGGGUCUACAGCACUGUGGAUGUCCGGUACAGACUGGGUCCUGGAGCUGAGCGGCUGCUGGAGGAGAGACUUCCUGAAUCGGAUCCCAGCACUAGCACCAUCCCUUACAGAGUGAGGGAGAGUGUGGCUAGGCUUUUGGCUCGCAACGGGUGUAUUUGUGAAGGAGAAAGCAGAGGGGUCAACCUGCCCUUUGCUCAGCUAUUGUUCCCUAGAGUGUCUGCCCAUCCCCUGCACACUGCCUUCCAGGCCUCCCAGCUCCAUGAGAUGAAGAAACGGCGCGCCAAAGAGUAUCAGAGCUUCCAAAUGAGGUCGCAGACCCCAGCUGAUCUACUGAUUGUAGCUGAAGCUAACAACCCUCUGCAGUACCCAACACAGGGAGUGGAGGUUCGGCCUCUUAAAACUAUCCUUAUACCAGGUUUGGCCUUAAAAGAGCUGCCCCGAGAUGUAUAUACUAUGAACUUUUCAGCAUCACUGGGCACAUUUAAUGUUGCAGCAGAGGUAGAGGGGGUAAAGGUCAGGGGUGAUGGCGAGAUGCACAUGACCCUGAGCAGCACCCUUUUGUCCAGUCUGAAUCGACAGCUCCAGUUUAUCACAUAUACUAACACACUGUUCCACCCCAGCACAGCUGACACAGUGCAGUUAGACACAGAAGGACAUCAAGCUCUUUUUACCAUCAAGAUCCGUCAUGGAAUAACACCCAAACUCUACAACACAGGCUCUGAUGCAGAUAAAGAGUACAACAUCAGUGCUCUUGUGACCAUAGCAACUAAAACCUUCCUGCGCUAUGACAAGCUCCAAGACUUAAUUGACAGCAUACGACAGUACUAUCCAACCGUUACAAUAGUGAUAGCAGAUGACAGUGAGCACCCAAAAACAGUAUCAGGCCCUUAUAUUGAACAUUACAUCAUGCCCUUCGGAAAGGGCUGGUUUGCUGGUCGUAACCUGGCCGUGUCACAGGUCACUACCAAGUAUGUGCUGUGGGUGGAUGAUGACUUUAUCUUUACUGCCAACACAAAGCUGGAGAAGCUGGUGGAUGUGCUGGAGAAAACCACACUUGACCUGGUUGGAGGAGCGGUGCGUGAAGUCACAGGCUACACUGCCACCUAUAGACAGACGAUCUCAAUUGAAACUGGAGAGGAAGAUGGGGACUGUCUGCACAUGCGGCGAGGCUUCCAUCACAUCAUCCAGGGCUUUCCUCACUGUGUGGUCACUGAUGGAGUCAUCAAUUUCUUUCUUGCCAGGACAGAUAAAGUGCAGCAGGUGGGCUUUGACCCCCGGCUAGCCCGUGUUGCGCAUUUGGAGUUUUUUAUUGAUGGGCUUGGCUCCCUGCAUGUUGGGUCUUGUGAUGAUGUCAUCGUGAACCACGCCACCAAGAUCAAGCUGCCAUGGGGCCAGUCGGAGAGUGACAAAAUUUACGCGAAGUUCCGUUACCCUCCUGCUUCAUCUGAUGCGAUACACACCAGAAAUGGCCUCUUGUACUUCAAAAACCGCUUCCAGUGUCUUACACACAACUGAACACUCCCUGACUAUGCCUUCUUUCCUUUCUCUCAUCCUCCCUCAAACAAACACUCUCUCUCUGAGGAGGUGAAGGGGCUUGUGAAGACACUGGAAGUGUGCUGUGGAUGUACUGUAUAUGGUCCCAUGUGAGUAUGGGGGACUUCAAAUAGGCCUCUUCUUUUGGAAAGGAUCAUAAUGUGAUCGAACAUGACUGACGGAUGAGAUGCAGUGUUGGCUGAUUAAGAUUUUUUUUCUAUACUUGAAGAUGUCUCCUUUCUUUAGCUUGAUUUUUGUUCAGAAGAAUUAUUCAGAUACAGAUCAUAGCAUUCCGUAAAUUAUGCAGAGCCAUCCUUUUCUCCUCAGCCAAUCAUGUUUCAGUAUCACUUUAAAGGGAUAUUAAGACCAAAAAGGAAUUCUGUCAUCAUUUACUCACGCGGAUGUUAUUUCAGACUUAUUAAGCAGAUGUUCAAGCUCCUUAAAUUAUGACAGAAUUGUUCAUUUUGAUUGAACUAGACCUUUAACAGAUGAGAAUACAGAAGUAGUUUCUUUUGAAAAUGAAGAACGAAGAGAAGUCUGUGGAGGGAAACAUUUUUAACCAUGAUGUUUAGAAUUUUUCAAUCCAGUUAAAAGUUUCUUUGGGACAUUCACAUGGAGCUCACAUCAGCUCCCUGCCUGGCAUUAAUCGUGUGUGUACUUGUGUUUGUGUGUCUGUGUGCGUUUUAUUGAGGGUCAUCUCUCUGUACGUUUGCACUAAAACAAAUGGACUUCAAUUGGAGAGACCGGACCCUCAGCGCCACUAAAAGAAGGAACAAACUGAACAUCAUUAGCAAGCAAAAACCACAGACAAUCCAACAUAUCACUUUCAUUCUCUCUCUCUCUCUCUCUCUCUCUCUCUCUCUCUCACAUACACACUCUGACCGAUUUAUCAGUGAUAGAUGGAGGGGUGAUUCAUUGUACAUCAGUAAAAUCUGCAUUUGAUAUUUUUUAGUUCUAAAGAGUGACUGUGCCAAAGGCUUAAUCACUGUCCUGGUGUGACUUGUUUAUUGUUUGUACUUUUUUUAUUUCCUUUAUUUUGGGGUCUUUUUAAGAUUGUUUCCUAAUUUUAUUUUAUUUUAUUUUAUUUUAAUUAAUUUAUUUAUUUUUUGAGCUGGAUUUCAAAAGUUCAGUCGGUGGCUUUUGCUAUGCAGAAUGGCUGAGAUAACUAACUUUAUUAAAAUAGAAAAAGCAACAUUGAUAGACCUUUCAGAGUAGAUGAUGCAGAUGUUCAAGUAAUCCAUUAAAAACUGAAGAAAAAAGUGAUUCGAUAUUUAAAAGACAUGCAUAAAAAGUCACUAUAUAUUCCGCAACAAAAAUUUACCUUUAAGAUCAAAAGGUAAUGAUAAACUAUUUAAAUGUGUUCAAACCUUGAUUUGCAAAUAUUUCUAUAUUUGAUAGAAUUAAGUCAUUAAAAACAAGACCUGGACUGUGUGCAGCCACCUUCUGUAGAGUAAAAGCAUGUAAGAAGCCAGUGUAAUUGCUUUUUAAUCCAAUGUACAGUACAGCAUCCUCAUGCAUAAUUUUAGUAGUUAUAUUUGUCUGCAUAUUGUUUGUUUAAUGUGUGUGUGUGUGUGUGUGUGUGAGAGAGAGAUAAGUGUUUUUGAAACUACAUCAAGUGGGCUUUACAUUGUCGCUCAUGAACAGCAUGAGGCCCUAAUGACGUUUUGCUGCAUUAUCCACUGAACCACAAAUUCUUCAAAUAAUGUUAUGGCCUUGUCAAAGUGUGUGCGAAUAUGUGACUUUCUGUUACAUCCUGUCUAAAAAUUGUGUCAUACAGGAGUAAAUAAGUGCAAGACUGUCCAGCAAGCCUUAAAAGAGGUCAAGGAAGUGAAAAAACACUUCAGUAUAAAAAUCGCAGGUGCAAUAUGGCAAGCAAUAGUGUAAAAUGGAAUUGAAAACUAACUCUUGUGCACUUGUUUCGUAUCUUGAAUGCCAUGUGACACCCCUCAAAGCAGAAAAAAGGAAUGAAAUCCUUUUAAAUGUUUUUUUAUCACUCUCUACCAGUCACUGAGCUCAUUUUAGUCCUGAAAAAGACAAGAGAAGAUUGAAGUCCUGCGAUACUACUGUAAGAAUAGAGCUGCUAUGAUUCUGUUUGGAGAAUGCAUCCAUUUAUCUGCCCUGCAUAUCCAGGUGUAAGCAUGAGCGCAAGAUCAAAAAGGAGCAUGUAAAAGCAUUGGUGUAAGGCUAUUUGACUCUUAUGGUUAGUUUCAGAUGAGAUUAAGGUCAUGGGAGCUUGAACAGAUAGGAAGCAGAAUAUCGAUUUUCUGGCUGCGUAUUAAAUUAGGAGAUUGACUUUUUGAUUAUACUAUUUCUAAAAACCUCCCUGCUUGCCCCUCACUUCACUGCAAUGAUUCUGUCUCCCCAUCUUUGGGUUUCUCACUGUGUCUGCAUGACUCCUAAUUUCUGUUGGUGUUUUUAUCUCUACCAGUAGGUUGCUAAUUCUCUGUCCCCCUAAAAAAGUGUGGCUGCCUAUCGAUCAUUUUGUAAAGAAAAUAAUGUAGUAUGUAAAAGUCACUUAAAUAUAAAAGAGGAAAAUAAAAAAAAUAAACAAUG